AUGACAGGCGUACUAAACAACAAGCUAACCACCCCCGAAAAACCCUUCUCCACCUUCGGCCCGGCUUCGACCGAUGUCGAUAUCGGCAUUCAGAGCGUAACACUCUUCGUGAUCCAAAACAAAGAAACCCUGGACAAUGCCUUCCCAGAAGUCUUCAACCUCACCUCUGGCAUUACCCCGAUCACCACACGAUUCUUCAAUGAGGAUGUCACCUCCCAAAACUUUAAACCUAAAUCCACUGUCGUUGUCACCGUUUCCUCCACCGAUGCCGUCUCAAUCGGCGACACAAUCCGAUUUUACUCCAGGCCACACUGGUGCGUAACCAUAUGGUCGGCCUCCCCCCCUACCCAAUGCAAGAAACACUGGAAAUUCGGCCACGCGACCCAAGGAUGCUGUGAGAGUUUCGAAACCUGCCCAAUCUGCACCAAACAGCACGACUGCCGCAGACACCGUUGCGUAAAGGGCACCUGCCCAGGGUUCCUAACACUCAUGACCUCAUGCUGUUCAGUCUCACCAGUAAAAUGUGUAAACUGCAAUGGAAACAACGCGGCCAACUCCAAAACAUGCCUCACCUACCUCGCCAUGAUCAAUAAGAGCAAAGCAAACCUCAACCUCAACACCAGCACCCUAGCCCCCCCAACACCACAUCCACAGCUAUGA